UACUGUCAUUAUCGAUAAGAGUUAAAGAAUCAACGCUCAAGCUAUAUUUCGUGUAUUUUUACAAGAGAAAAUGAAUGUCACAGCACAGGAUGAAAAGUACCAGAUUAUACGUAAACGAAUGCUUGAUUUGCACGAUGUUCGUGUGGGAAAAGUUCCGCAAGAUUCACCAUGGAUGAAAACUGUUCGUCUGCAAUAUUUGCAAGACGGCCGACGUAAAGAGUGGGACGUGAUAAAGAUUCACAACAGUGUGAGUAUAAUUGUUUUCAACACAAGUCGAAAGAAGCUGGUAUUUGUCCGUCAGUUUCGGGCAGCAGUAUAUUAUUCAUUCCUACCGCAAAAACAAGACACAAUUGAUGUCGAGCGUUAUCCCGCAACAUUGGGGUUGUCCUUGGAGCUCUGUGCUGGUAUCGUUGAUAAGGACAAACCUCUCGUCGAGAUAGCAAGAGAUGAGUUGAAGGAAGAGUGCGGUUACGAAGCGCCCGCUUCGGCGUUUGAGCAAGUUGCUACAUAUUUAUCUAGUGCUUCUGCCAGUGCAAAACAAACUCUUUUCUAUGUAGAAGUCACAGAUGACAUGCGUACACAACCAGGUGGUGGUGACGAGUCUGAAGGUGAAGUCAUUGAAGUGGUAGAAAUGAGCAUUCCAGAACUAAAGGAUUAUAUGAAAUCUAAGGAAAUACAAAGUCCCUCCAGUUUCCUCUUUGGUAUAUCUUGGUUUUUUCUUAAUAAAUCUAAAUACUGUUGAUAUAUUUAAAUUAUAUAAAUAUUUAAGCACAAGAAUUUAAAAUAGA